GGAAUCUAAUCAGCAACCUUCUUCCUUCCGUGAGAGCACGUUUCUAACACAGACACCCCUGCUGCUCCAACAUUAUGGCAGCGCCCGUAGCUGUUCAUCUGGAGUUUGGAGGCGGAGCGGAGCUGCUUUUCAGUGGGGUGAAGGAACACCGUGUGACCCUCCCGAGCCAGGAGGAGCUGUGGGACCUGAGGCAGCUGCUGGUGUGGAUCCAGCGGAACCUGCUGAAGGAGCGGCCCGAGCUGUUCGUGCAGGGAGACUCCGUGAGGCCCGGGAUACUGGUGCUGAUCAAUGAUGCGGACUGGGAGCUCAUGGGAGAACUGGACUACAAACUGCAAGAUCAAGACAACAUUGUGUUUAUUUCAACUCUCCACGGAGGAUAAAUGUCCAGGGGAACAUGUAUCCAUGACACAUAUAUAAUGUUCAAGCCUUCUCUCAGCCAUCACAUCCCAAACAUCCUCAAUGGAUGAUGGUGUUUAGUGGAAUGAAGAGAAGGGGAAAAACUGGAACUCUACAGAACUUUUAUUUUUAUUUUCUAAAUUGAAGCGGUCAUAUUAAAGGAAAUGUUUUGUGUAACCAGAAAAAUACACAUAAAUCUUUGCAGACCAUUAAUCGUCUUUGAGAUCUUUUAAAAGCGCUCUAUAAAUAAAACUGAUUAUUAUUAUUAUUAUUAUAUAGGUAGGCUAUU